AUGGAAUUUACAACAAUGUUUAGCCAGAAUGGCCAACAAUUAACAGUGUUAAACAUUUUUAAAUUCAAAUUUAAAUAUGAAUCAAAAUUGAGUGGUUAUAAAACGUGGGAAUGCGCUAAUAAAACACGCGAGGCCAAAUUGGUCUUCAACAAGGGUAAAACUUUACUAUAAGAAAAAUCAGUUUAAGAUCAUUAUAGUCAUGAAACAGAUUCUACAAUUGAACGUCAAGCAGUAAGUAUAAUAAUAUCAAACGACAAAUAUCUGAAAGCAAUGCCACCUAAAAUAAUAAGAAAACAACUUCGUAAUUUAGGAAACGAUACACAAUUACUGACUAAUGAUAUUUCAUAUAUUCGUAGACAUUUAUAUAAUAAAAAAACCAAAUAUCCCCCACCACUUCCCAAGGAUAUUAAUGAAGUACAUCAAGUUCUAAUAAAUUUAAAUAUUACGACUAACAAAAAUGAAAACAUU